GGGAUCAGAAAAAAAAAAGAAAAAUAUAGAAGAAAGUUUCGUGAUGGCCACAACAUACUAGUUACUUUUAAAAAUGAAUAUGAACCCUGCUUUUACUGCUUGACACGUUCUUGCUGAUCCUACCUAGUACAAAGUGUUCUGUUUCCAGUUCAUCCAUCUCUCCGUAGUCAAGCUCUAUUACAAAGUGCUGUUUCGUUUUGGAAACUCUAUACGGUAGAAAUUUUAUUAGUUGAGCCACACUUUGUUAACUGAAUUUUUAGAUGAGUUUGUGGUUAUUUUCAAAUGUUCAUCUGUGUCUGUGCAAUACUUUCUAAAAUUAAGCAUUCAUAUUAGCCCUGUGUAUAAAGUGUUCAAGUAAAAUUCUGGGUCGUAAAUAGUUAUAGAAGCAUGCUUGAAUUGUGUAGAUGUGCAUCAAAAAAAAAGAAAAAUAUUAAAUUUGCUCAUAAGUGUGAUCGACUGUUUCAAAAGUGUUGGAAGAUUCCUGUGUUUGGCCUGUGAAUCAUGUAUUAUGUACAACCUGAAUAAAGUACUAUAAAGUGACUUAUAAAGCCAGUAAGGACUUGCGAACAUGAUUUGCAUAUUGCAAUUGCAUGAUCUAUUAAGUUAUUACAGUUAAAUUAGUUUGCCUAUUUCAUAAUGAAUUGAGUUUCAGUUUAAAGUGUUAUGUGCGUCAUUGUCAUGUAUUAUUUCAUUGUAGGCAAAGACUUUCAAGGAAAGAAGAUUAAUGUUCAGUUAGCGCAGCGUAAAUCUCAGCCAUUCGGCGGUCCCGGUGGUGGCGGUGGCCGAGGGAGAGGCGGUGGACGUGGUGGAGGAGGCCGUGGCGGUCGUGAUGAUGGAGGCCGAGGAGGCGACAGGGGAUCUGGCGGCGGUUCAGGAAGGGAUGGUGAUUGGAAAUGCCUUAACCCGGAUUGUGGAAAUAACAACUUUUCUUGGAGAGUGGAAUGCAAUAGGUGCCAUGCUCCGAGGCCCGAAGGAGUGGGUGGUGGUGCUCCUCCUGAAGGAGGCUCCCGAGGUCCAGGUGGCGGUGGUGGCCGCGGAGGCGGAAUGCGUGGAGGUCGCGGUGGAGACAGAGGUGGCAGAGGAAGAGGAGGACCGCCCGGCAUGGGAGGACGUGGUGGUUUUGGUGGGGGCCGUGGAGGUCCCCGGACGUGGCGGACCAAUGCGAGGAGGACCCGGGGGUGACAGAAGACAAAGACCGUAUUAAUAUUAUCCCUAGUGUAAAAGUGUUUUAUGAUUUCUCUCUCUUCAUCAUUUGGACUUAUUACUUAGUUCUGUAUGCAUUGUCAUUUCAUUAUCAUGAACACUCCUUCAUUUUAUGUACAUUUUAAUAAAAAAUAUUUUCUUUCCUAUG